UCGCCGCGCCGGGGCUCCGCGGAGCCUUCAAGCCGGACCGCGAUCCCGGAGCCGCCGAGCCCCCGCAUGUCGUCAGUUCCGCUCGACGGUGCCGGUCUGAAGAAAGUGGGCUGGACGUAGCCAGCGACUGGUUAACAUACACAAAAAAGGCAAGAAGGCGGCGAAGGGGGGGAAUCAGGCAGUUAUGCAUUAAGACAACAUAACGGGGGAAACAGACAAACUGUCAUUUUGUGAAUGUAUGUAGUCGUGAGUCUUGUUCGGGUUAAGGAAAAAAAAUACGGGUUCUCGGAGACUGCCUUCUCAUCGUAAGCACUGGUGGAACACACUGGUUGGCUCGUCUGUCUAAUUGGGAAGCCUGGGCUUUGACACGGGUGAGCCACACCCCCUUGCCUCCCCCAGGCCAUAGUUUGCCAGCAUGGCUGAGAGCAUAAUGAGCAAGGCAGCCACUAUGGAGAUACCCAUCAAUAGCAACGGAGACACCAGGGCUCUCCCAGAGGACGACAGCCUCGAACAGGAUCUCCAACAGGUGAUGGUGUCCGGGCCAAACCUAAACGAGACCAGCAUCGUCUCAGGCGGUUAUGGAGGCACUGCAGAGGGCAUCAUCCCAACCAGCUCCAUUAAAGGGCCCGCCAUCCAUCUCAACCCAGGAUAUCUGGGAGGCAGACGUAUCCCAGCCCCUGGACAAGACCUGCGUAUGAAAUCCAUGGGGAUUAUAACCCCCCCCAGCGGGUUGGCCGCCAGCCGGAUAGCCAGCCACUACAACAGCUUUCCAGGAUCCACCAUGCACCACAGCAGCACCAGUUCGUCGGCAAUGGCUGAGGAGGCCACCAGGGGCGUCGCUGUGGAGAAGUUUGACAUUAUGAAGAAGUGGGGCCUCAACACCUACAAGUGCACCAAGCAGAUGAUCUCGGAGCGCUUUGGCCGGGGCUCCAGGACGGUGGACCUGGAGCUGGAGGCACAGAUCGACGUGCUGCGGGACACCAAGCGCAAGUAUGAGAACGUGCUGCGGCUGGCGCGGGCGCUCACCAACCACUUCUACAGCAUGGUGCAGACGCAGCACGCGCUGGGCGACACCUUCGCCGACCUCAGCCAGAAGUCGCCGGAGCUCCGGGAUGAGUUUGGUUACAAUGCAGAGACUCAGAAGCUGCUGUGCAAGAACGGCGAGACACUGCUGGGCGCCAUUAACUUCUUCGUAUCCAGCAUCAACACGCUGGUCAACAAGACCAUGGAGGACACACUCAUGACCAUCAAGAUGUACGAGAAUGCAAGGCUGGAGUUUGAUGCCUACCGCGCGGAUCUGGAGGAGCUGAACCUGGGUCCUCGGGACGCAGUCACCCUGGCCCGCAUCGAGACGGCACAAAACGAGUACCAGGACCACAAGGACAAGUACGAGAGACUGCGCAGUGACGUCUCGGUCAAGCUUAAGUUCCUGGAAGAAAACAAGGUGAAGGUGAUGCACAAACAGCUGCUCCUCUUCCACAACGCCAUCUCCGCCUACUUCGCCGGCAACCAGCAGCAGCUGGAGCAGACGCUCAAGCAGUUCAACAUCAAGCUGAAGCCUCCAGGGUCGGACAAGCCGUCUUGGCUGGAGGAGCAGUGAAGGUCCCAGCAUCGCCAACCGCCAUCCCAAAUCCUGGAACCACCACCACCUCCACCACCCACUUCUGUUCCCGGUCUCCACCCUUUUGCUCUGCAGCAGACCACGCAGGCAGACGGGAUAUGCGCAGGCCAAGAUGGACGCCGGUAGGAGAGCCAACGGCAGUCAGACCUUGAGAGACCAGCACUCCUAAAUAAAAAAUGGGGGUUCAUUAUUGCAUUUCUCCUUUUUUUUUACCUAUUUGUCACUCUUCCUUCCCUUUCCUGUCUGAUCUAUCUUGCUGAAAGUUCUAGGCACGUAGGAACACCAAUUGUCAUCUUUUCUGUUGCCCCUCAAUUUUAUAAAGCUGUUCUCAAUAUUUUCAAGUGAAGGAUUAGAAACAUAAAAACACAGAAGACCCCCUCCCGCCAACACAGGCAAUACAGUGCCCGGUGACCCAGGACUGCAGAUCCAGAACUCUGACCUUCACCGAGAGAAGCUGUACUGUUUACCGCAGCUGUGACUUAUCUAUGAAAUGUUUCGUCACGUUGACUGAGCUGAUGUCAGCAUAUGUGUGCAAAUAAGUUCCUUGGGGGGGGAAAAAUGAAUGAAGACUUCAAGCGCUGAUAUCAGGCCAUGACUGAAGAUAGCGGUUAUGAUAAAGGAGCUCAGGACCUGACAAUCGGAAGCUGAGACCUUGGGAAACAGAGCGAGUGCGUGAGAGUUGCCAUUUCAACGAAUAACUGAUUCUCCUAUUUCUGAAUCUGGUUGUUCUGUUUUACUCAAAUGCAAAUGAUCUAUAUUGAUGCCUUUUUUUUUUGUUUAUGAAUGCGAACCAUUCUCUGCCAGGGCGUAAUUACCAGUGUGUGUUGCCGGAUUAAAAUCCUUCCCAUCCUAAGCACCAGCAGUUUUUUUUCCUUCUCCCUCUUUCAGUUUUGGCAUGCUUGCAAUUGUAACGGCUUUGACCAAUCAGACGUGAGCUCAGUGCUGGCACUAAUUAUCUGGUUGUCUUGCACUGAAAUGGGCCCAUAGACCUCCCCGCCUUCUUAAAACCAAUUAGUGGGUUUCGUAUACUGCCUGAGCUUCAUCUGAAAAGGCGUAUCAGAGUUGCAGUCAUCGUGGUUACAGUUGUCAUUUUACAGUUAACGUCCUGGGCUCAGUGUGUGUGUGUGUGCGUGCGCGUGUGCAUGUGCGUGCGUAUUUGUGUUGUGUUCCUUUGUGUUUUUGUCCUAACAUUCCCCCGUUUAUUUUAAAAAAUAUAUAUCAAUUAAGCGAUUGUAAGAACACUAAAUUUGGGAUGUUUACAGAAUCAUAUCCCAUUAUGUAACUUAAUCACAAAUGGAUUCUCUCUCUUGUUUUCUCUCCUUUUUCCCUCACUCUGUUCUGUUUGUUGUCGUUGUAUUUUCUCCAAAGUGGUUAAACGGAGGGAAACGGGGCAAUCUUUACAUAUCCACGCCGUGAUGUGCUUUUGUGAUGGACAAACAAACAUAAGGCCAGUGUCCUCACUGUCACACUGAGGCAGACGCAUAAAUCAGAUAUUGCACUAAAUCAGCUGCAUGUGUAACCCCUAACCCCAACCCAAAAAGCCACCCACUCCCAUUUCCAAAAAGGAUUCAUCCGGAAAGUAGUAAGCAAACUUGUGGUUUCGGUAAUGGAUGAAAAACAUACAAAUAAUCACAGAAUGGUUUAACAAAGUGUGAUAGACUAAGUCACUCCUUAAGUAGUAUUAGUUAUUAGGGGAAAUGACAGAGUUUAUGUAUUUUAUCAUUUGCGUACAAUCUAUUUUUUAGGCUGCUUUGUGAUAUUGUAGUGAAUGAAUGACUGUAUAUAUGUAAUGAUAUUUAAGAUGAAAAAUUAAACCGAUGUCUUGGGAUCAUGUGGAUAUCUGCUAUUACUCGUCACUCGAAUCUUAACCCUCCUGGAAGUAGUUGUAUGACUAGAACAUGCAACAAAAUUAAAACAAGAAUGUUUUCAAAAA